AUAUAUGUUAGCUUUAGUUAUGCAAUGUGAUUAGGAGUAUAAUUUUGAAAGCGAAUGAAAAAGAAAAUAAAGUAAUAGAAAAUGUCAUGACUCAUGACAGAUAAAGAAAAAUGAUUUGAUGCGAUUGCGAGAUAAAAAGGGGGGAGAGCAGUAUUGAAACCAUUUAUUCUAUGUGAAACAGUGUUUAAGGCACAUUCAAUAUAAUACAUAAGUUCUAUUUGGAAGGAUGGAAUACAUGUCAUUUAAAAUGGUAAGGUGUGCUAAACAUAUUUUUUUGGUAACAAUCUAUUUUGUUCAUGUGCAAAUUUGGUACAAUUAAUCAACUCCAAUUCAAUACAUGUUAUCUUCCUCUUUAUUGAAUUUCCUUGUGUGCCCUAAACAAUCCAAGUUCUUCCAUUAUUGAGCAUUUAAUAUCUUUUAUAUACCAUGGAAUAUACUUAAGAAUAUACACAAAUGCUCUGAAAUUUAUGUAUGUGAUUUUGCACUUCUUUUACCUUUAUAUAAAUCAAAAUGCACAUCUUUACUAUGAGCCUCAGUUUUCGAUCCAUCAUUGAAGUCUUCUUUGGAUUUGUUCGUUUAGGGGUAUUUGUUUCGUUUCCUUGCUUUGCAAUAUCAUAGGCGAUUUUUCUUAUUUUUGUAAUUUAUGUUCAUUUAGAGGUAUUUGUUUGUUUUCUUGCUGUAAUCUGUGAUAUCAUACAUGAUUCUCUUAUUUAUUUAUUUUUUUGUUCUUGUUGUACUUUUUCUGAAACUUACUCAUUGAGCAUGGUGUCCCUGUUCUGCUAGCCAUUAAAUGUCUCCCUCUCUUUAUUUACAUUGUUUGUAUUAUCGAUGUCCCACUCUACUAUUAAAGUCUACAUGUUCCUUAAGAAAGUGAAGUUUCACUGUUUCAGUCAUAGCAGCAGCAGAUCAGGAGUCCUGCGGAUUGGUAAUGAAGGUUCUAAAGUUCUCAGCAGAAACUGCUAUUUUUUGUUCUUUUUUUUCUCUAAAAAAACUCUUUAUGAUGCAGUUUGCAAGAUGAUGUUCAGAGCUCUGUAUGUUGCUAGUUUCCUUCUGUCAUGUUUUGAAACUAAUGCUAUCCGAGUGUCCAGGAAAGAUGUAUCGCCAUCUACUAUCAUGACAAUUGAGACUGAGUACGGGGAUGUAUAUGAAUGUGUAGAUUUUUACAAGCAGCCAACAUUUAAUCACCCACUCUUAAAAAACCAUUCUUUCUAUCCUGGGAUGAGGCCAACUUCUAGGCCUAAAUGGAUCCAAAACAAUGAUGUUUCUUUGAGGAAGAAUGAAAGGCCAGCAAAUGUGAUCUUGUUAAAGGAUGGAGGCUGCCCUCCUGGAACAGUUCCAAUUAGAAGAGGGAAUGACAAAGAUAACAUUUCCCGAACUGAAAACCAUCUUAAUCAUUCUGCAGAAAGAGUGAAUCCCAAUGGUGGAACCGAAUACAUAUCUGGAACUGUUUAUGCAUUAGGUCAAACAAAAAGCAAUCCUUGGAAGAAUUAUUACGGAGUUGGUGGCGUUUUUAGCAUUUAUAACCCAAGAGUUUUUCUUUCCCAGUACAGUUCAGGGGAAAUAAUUAUCAGAGGCGGUGGUGAUUCCAUAAUUGCUGGUUGGACAGUUAAUCCAUCUAAGUACAAAGACAAUUUGACGAGGUUCUUCAUUUAUGCAGUUGCGGGGGAUUUACACUGCUUCAAUUCUGAAUGCGGCUUCAUCAUUGUUAGAUCGGAUAUUCUUCUUGACUUUGUCAUGCACCCAAUCUCAAAAAGAGGAGGACAAAUAUUCGUGAACAAGUUUUUUAUUUAUCAGGAGAAGGUUUCUGGAAAUUGGUGGCUUGAAGUGGCAAUGUACCCACCAAUUGCAGUAGGAUUUUGGCCAAAUGAUAUCUUUGAAGGCUUAAAAAAGUCGGCAACUUACGCAGCAUGUGGAGGAGAAAUAAACACGAUAGCAACGUUGCCGCCUCCAGAAAUGGGAGCGGGUGCUUAUCCUGAUUUCGCUCCGGCUAUGAACAUGGAUGCCUAUUGCACAGAUUUUGUGGUGGUGAAUGAGAAUUAUAGUGUUGUUGAUGCUGCUGAUACUGAAGCUUAUGCAAAUAAUCCUAACUAUGGUGCUUUUGAUGUUCAUAUGAGGGGUAAAAGUAAAAAACAUGUAGUCACCUUUGGUGGUCCUUGAUGAUGGUUUAUUUUAUAUAUAAUGAUCCUAAACAAAUUCUGGAAAUUAUGAAAAACCAAAUCUUGGCCUUUUUUGAUACGGAAAGGAUGUGCUAUGAUAUGAAUAGACAUGUGCAAUGGGCUGGCUAGGCGUUACAAUUAACAUUGCUUUUGUUGUAUGAAUGUUGUUUGAAUCAUCAAAAUGCACAUAACUCAAAGAUCUAUAAACAUCCUCUAAUUAGAUAUAAGAUGGAACUAAUACAAAGAUAGAACUUCUCGCGUCUGAUUGCUCGCCCUAGCGGCAUGCUAAUGCUUACGGCACCCUAUGCCCAUAAUCCUCCCUAGUCCCUUGAACUUGAUUCUCAACAUGCCAUAUACACUAAUAUCAGUUUACUUAUGUCUUAUUUAGUUCACCUUAAAAAAUUAAGUAGUCAGUAAAAA